UAUUAACUUACAAGUAGAGUAUAUUAUAUAGUUACACCCCAUCUAACCAGUAUAUUAAUAACAGUGGGGAGAACAAGUAUUUGACACACUGCCGAUUUUGCAGGUUUUCCUACUUACAAAGCAUGUAGAGGUCUGUAAUUUUUUGUGAGAGACGGAAUCUAAACCAAAAAUCCAGAAAAUCACAUUGUAUGAUUUUUAAGUAAUUAAUUUGCAUAUUAUUGCAUGACAUAUGGGCUGUGCCAUUGAGGCAUUCUUCAUUUUGAAGUAGUCCAUUUUCUUCUUCACUAUUGGCUGACCCCUCCUGAUGACCCAGUUGGACACGACUCCAAAAGGGUCACCAGGAGGGAUGAGCCAAUGAAGUUGAAAGUCCCACCCAGUUUAAUAAAUUCAAAAUGGUGAAAGCCCUCAAAUGGCGCUGCCCUCUGAGGAGUGGAGUGGAAUGGACCUGGAACUCACUUCCUCUUGAAGACUUUGAAUUAAGAAAGCAGUCGCAGGGGGCUUGGAUUGGGAGUGAUGGGUGGCUGGGGAAACAUGGAGAGGCCAGAGAGAACCAUACUUGUAAAUUGGGAUACGGAGAGAAGAACGCUGCCUAAUACGUCCUUUUUGGCCACUAGAGGCCUCCAUCGUCCUCUAUGAGGAGUGCGCAUUGCCCUUUCCAUCAUGGCCGCCUGGAGUUGCCUGCUUGCCGCUCAUAACGCAUGCGCAAUGAAUACAAACAAACGUUUGAAAGAAAUUUACCGCGAAACUGGUAAGUCAAGUUAUAAACGUUUGUUUUAAGUGUUUUAGCUAUUGUUAUUCUACGACAUUGGCCCUAACGGCAACGAGAAAUUGCACCUCUAAACUGUUCUACUAGAUCGCCUUGUGUAUAAAAUGUAAAAAGGUUCCUUAGCUAGCUUAACGUUAGCUGUUGUUGACAAAACAAACUACAUCCGUGUUUCGUCUAGGCAGUGCUCAUGUUUGCUAGCUUUCAGAUUGUAUAUUAUUAUAUAUUUAGCGGCUAUGUUUUAUUUAUCACUUUUCCCGUGUACGCCUUGAUUAGUUGUCUAUCUGACGCUGUCUCUUUUUCCUAGUUAAAAUAUGAAGCCUGUCCGGGGAUCUCAACGCGCCCCAUCCAAGGCACCUAAAGGCAAGAAGAAAGGCGAGAAGCCAAAUAAGUCCGGUAUAAAGACAUGUCAACGGAGAGUAUCUCAGGAGGAGCCCCAGCCAGGAACCAGCAGCCAGGUCCCUCAGCCAAAACCACAGAAGAAGAAAGGUGGCACAGUUGCAGGUCCCAGUAAGCUGAAAGGUCAGGAGAAGUGGAAACCGCUGACCAAGUCCUCCAUUACGGCUCUAGACAACAUACUGGGCCUGUCUAUACUGUCUGUUCUGGCCGGAAGACAGACUAAGAAAGAGGAAUCACAGAAACAUCUGAACGUUCUGAAAAACAGGUUCCUGUCUAAACUGGCUCAACUGCCAGUCCCAAUCCAGAAACAGGAAAUAAUAAGUCAUUCAUCCCGUCAACACCAGGAAGAGACUAGGAAGUCAGCCGUUGGCAAGAAGAUCCUCGACAAGCUGGGGGUGGAGCUGAGGGCUGUGGGGAGCUUUCUAGAACAGCUAGAGAAGGAGAGAGACUCCCUGGAGCACCAGUGUUUUAACCUCAGACAACUACUGGAACAGCAGGAAGAGAGUAACCAGCAGAUCCUCCAGUUGUCAGAACAAGGAGUCCUGCGUCUCCCCCCUGUACCUGAGCGCAAAGACAGACCCUUACAGGAGCAGAUGGUGUGUCUGGUUCCUAGCGGACACUCCGUCACCACGGCCCGUCGCCUAGCAAAGACCCUCCAGACAUCAGGGCCGGUCCAGGAUGCCCAGAACCUACUGGAACAAGCCUACAGACACGCAGACCGCCUGGUCACUACACCUACAGCUGUCAGCCAAUAGCAAGACUCCAUCCAGCCCGGUUGGACAAUAGCAGGACUCAUCCAGCCUGGUUGGUCAAUAGCAGGACUCCAUCCAGCCUGGUUGGACAAUAGCAGGAAUCCAUCCAGCCUGGUUGGUCAAUAGCAGGACUCCAUCCAGCCUGGUUGGACAAUAGCAGGACUCCAUCCAGCCUGGUUGGUCAAUAGCAGGACUCCAUCCAGCCUGGUUGGUCAAUAGCAGGACUCCAUCCAGCCUGGUUGGACAAUAGCAGGACUCCAUCCAGCCUGGUUGGUCAAUAGCAGGACUCCAUCCAGCCUGGUUGGACAAUAGCAGGACUCCAUCCAGCCUGGUUGGUCAAUAGCAGGACUCCAUCCAGCCUGGUUGGACAAUAGCAGGACUCCAUCCAGCCUGGUUGGUCAAUAGCAGGACUCCAUCCAGCCUGGUUGGACAAUAGCAGGACUCCAUCCAGCCUGGUUGGACAAUAGCAGGACUCCAUCCAGCCUGGUUGGUCAAUAGCAGGACUCCAUCCAGCCUGGUUGGACAAUAGCAGGACUCCAUCCAGCCUGGUUGGUCAAUAGCAGGACUCCAUCCAGCCUGGUUGGACAAUAGCAGGACUCCAUCCAGCCUGGUUGGUCAAUAGCAGGACUCCAUCCAGCCUGGUUGGACAAUAGCAGGACUCCAUCCAGCCUGGUUGGUCAAUAGCAGGACUCCAUCCAGCCUAGUUGGUCAAUAGCAGGACUCCAUCCAGCCUGGUUGGACAAUAGCAGGACUCCAUCCAGCCUGGUUGGUCAAUAGCAGGACUCCAUCCAGCCUGGUUGGUCAAUAGCAAGACUCCAUCCAGCCUGGUUGGUCAAUAGCAGGACUCCAUCCAGCCUGGUUGGACAAUAGCAGGACUCCAUCCAGCCUGGUUGGUCAAUAGCAGGACUCCAUCCAGCCUGGUUGGUCAAUAGCAGGACUCCAUCCAGCCUGGUUGGUCAAUAGCAGGACUCCAUCCAGCCUGGUUGGUCAAUAGCAGGACUCCAUCCAGCCUGGUUGGACAAUAGCAGGACUCCAUCCCGCCUGGUUGGACAAU